UUCGAAUCCAUCUCUCUAUAUUAAAAAUGGGUAUAUCUGAUGUUCUUUUGAGUUUGUCGAAAGAGUUCAACAUCAAUGCAUUCCUGGCAGUGCUAUUGGAUUCUUUUUUUCUUCAAAGUUCCUCUGAUGAUCGAUGUUGCCAAGCUUUAACUUCAAUCAUAGAUACGGUUCCGAUAAGCAGUUUGGUAGAUCAUUUUAUCUCAAAGGUUUUUUCUUUGUGCAUGACGUCAUACAAGAAGGGUAGUGAUUUUGCCUCAACUGCGUCUAGAAGCUGGGCCAAGAAAAUUUUGGUUGUUAUUAGCAAGAACUAUCCCACUGAACUUCGCAUGGCAGUUUGCAAGUUUAUGGAGGAUAGUGAUGUUAAAUCGAGGAAAGAGGGCAUAAAGCUAGAGAUGUUGUCUCAUAUGUUGAAUGGGAAUUCAAAUAUGUCCCAGUCAUUCUUGGAAUCAAAGUUAUGGUUCAAGCUCCAUCAUCCCAAGAGCAUUGUGACAGUUCGGGAUACCAUAUUGCGGCAGCUUUGGGAUGAUGAUCUGACUGUUGUUCAGGCUGCCCUGUCUUUGGAUCAGUUGUGUGAUACAAUUAGCGAAACAGUGCUUCAUUUGGUUUAUCCACUGAAUGAUAUUGGAUUAUGUUGUAUCCUCUAA